UUGUGCGCAAAAGCCGAACGAUCGAAUCGAUUGAACCAGGUCUAUAUAGAUAACGAUACUCCUUGGACGAACGGCGUGAAGUCGAUAGCAUCGUUGCGAGCGAGCGAGCGAGCGGUGGUCGAUAACCGAUGUUAGGCAUCGGUCUCUUCGACGCGAGAAAUUGAACUUCGAUAUCUGCGGAAUAAUUCAUCGACGGGGGAACACGAGGAGAGAUAGAUAUAUCGGCGCGAGUGCGCGGCACGCGGUAAAUUUGUUGAUCCUCUGCAAGGCGGUCGGCGCGGGCUGAAAUUGUGCGUGAUCCUUCGCGUGAUGUUUCUUGGCGCGGCGUUGCGCUUGAAAUUAUGCAACGAAAGUCCACCAUUUUGACGAGAUACGGACGAUAUUAUGCGAGGUAGUCCAGGUAUGCCGCGGUGGCGUUAAAACGGUGUUGUUGCAUCGAGCGUCGUUCCUCUGAGAGAAAAGUAACAAUACACACGCACACAUACACGAUAAACAGCGUCAAUGCCGUGGCGUUGAGCCCGCCUGAUAUGGAGAGCAACAACAAGCAAUCGUCGCCGUUGAACAGCUCGAUGAAAGCGAGCAUGUUGGAGGACAGCAAAGACAGCAAAGACAUGCAACUGGUAUUGGCGAAAAUGAUGGAAGAGAAACACACGUUCACGUAUAAGAAACUUGUCGUGCCGAUGUCGAUGAGGAGUAUUUAUUGGAAAUUCUUUGGGUUUCCAGCCACGGACGAUGGUGAUAUCCUCACCAAGGUGAAGAUUGUAUGUAUACUGUGCAAGACCCAGAUUGCGUACAAUCGCAAUACGAGUAAUCUGCGUAUGCAUCUGCAGAACAAGCAUGCCCAAGAGCUGCUGGAACUCGAGCUGACCAAUCCACCGCGUAAACAGGGGCAAGUUGUCCCUCAGGAGACCAAGGAGCGCAGGCUGCAGAAAAGACUGCUGAAGGGUCUCAGUCCGGCGCAACAUAUUUACACCACCAACGUGGACGGCACCGUUCAAAUAGACGGUGACAUACAAUUUGUCACGGAUCCUAAUAUCAAUCUGUCCAAUAUUGAGGAUGACAUCACUAUCGGCCAACCACUGAGAAUGAUGAUCAAGGAUGGACCCAGCAACAAUAAUCAGAACGUAGCUUUCCUCAUGUCGGAGGACAAUGGCACCAGCCAGUCCAGCAUAGACGGAAAGACCGUGUCGGAUGCUAUAGCUGAGUUCAUCAUAAUGGACCUGCAGUUGCCGGAAGUUGUGGAAGGUCGUGGUUUCCAGAGACUGGUGGCUACUUUACGUUCACCUUGUGAGAUCCCCAGUAAGAACAAAUUGGAGGAGGAGAUCAUACCAAAGAUAUACGACACCUUCCGGGACUCUGUGUUAGAAGUGCUGUCGGAGAUUACCUCGGAUGUAGGAAUGACGAUCGAGGAGUGGAAAUCGAUCUCGGACGAGAGCUUCAUCACAGUGUCGAUUUAUUAUCAGAAUCCCGGCGAGGCGGCCUUGGAGUGCAAAGUCUUGAGUACCAUUCACGCGCCGUUGGACUGGGACGAGUCCCAGUGGGGUAAUAUUUUGGAUCUACUGCUGUUCGAAUGGCAGAUCAAGAUCGAGAGGAUAACAGCGGUGGUCGUCAGCACCUCGAGAGUAGAAUUACACAACGCAUUGAGGAGCCGUAAUGUGACUGUAGUGCCAUGUUUGCUCUAUUCUUUACAAGUAUGCGCGCAGGCUUGUUUCGAGGAUGCCGAAGUAGCUGCGAUAUUGUCCAAAUGCCGAGCGGUCAUUGGAAUGAUUAUAAGUCAUCCAGCCGCGUUUGCGACGUUAAGCAUGCAAGAACAAAUGUCAGAGCAACUGGAGGAGAACACAAUGCAGAUAGAUUACCCCACCGUUUGGAUGUCGACGUACACGAUGCUGGAACAAAUGGUUGCGCGUCGUAACAUAAUCACAUCCAUCUUGGAAAGUAUAGAAGGUAUAGAUCAGGAAGUAUUUGAGCUCACCGGCGAACAAUGGAAGAUCAUGCAGGAUCUCGUGAAUGCUCUGAAACCAUUCAAAGUUACCAUUAUGACGUUGAGCGAGGAAAAAAUGCCUCUGAUAUCGUUGCUGAAGCCUUUACUUUGGCAACUCGUGUCGUCGCAUCUCAAAGUGAAGAACACCGACAAUGAUGUCGCCAAAACGUUCAAAGAAUCCUUGUCGAACAUGUUAUGCGAACGAUAUUCCAGUAACGACAUCUCGUUACUACUGCAAAUUGCAACUACUUUGGAUCCGAGAUUCAAACAAUUGCCUUAUGCCACGGAGGAGGAUAAAAAGAUGGUCGCUAACCCUAUAAAGGAAAUGCUGACGAAGCUGAUUCAGGAGGAAUCCGGGGAAAACGGUUCUGUAAGGGUCCAAAAUGAACCACCAAGUAAAAGACCCAAAUCAGGAGGCAUGAUGGAGUAUUUUCUCGGUAACUAUUGCAUUACGAAGAACGGAGUACCCGCGGAGAAGAAAGCGGAUCUGGAGAUUGUCCAAUAUCAUUCGGAAUCGACGGCACCUCUAGACUGCUGUCCAUUGCAAUGGUGGGCCAAGGUGUCCGCAAAGUGUCCAAAUCUCGGGAAACUAGCGAGCAGGUAUCACUGCGUACCUGCCUGCUGUGCACCGCCGACACGGAUACCGGCGGACGUGCAGAUCCUGUACGACUCUAGGCGAGCCGCGAUACCACCUCAUUUAAUCGACAAACUCCUCUUCCUACAUGGUAAUCACACGGUGUGAAGAGGGUUUUUUUUUUUUUUACUUAUUCUUUACCUUAUCCAUCCUCUACGAGAAACUGUUCGAAAGAGUGCGUGCUGUGUAUGUGUAUAUGUGUCCAGUAAAAUAUGAAGUAUCUUCAUGAGGAAUAGAAACAAACUCGCAUUAUAAUAUAAUACGGGAUUCGAGUAAUGUGCACGCACGCGAAGGAGAACUCUGUGUAUAGAUGUAUAAUACGAGAAUUAAGUCAUAUAAUGUGUCGUGUGUGUGUGUGUGUGUGUGUGUGUGUGGUGUGUGUGUGUGUGUGUGUGUGCGCGCGCGCGCGCGUGUGUAUGCGUAUAUCGCAUAAGUAUAACAAAUUUGAAAUAUGUUUUCAAUCGUAUGUAUUUCGUUGAUUACAGUUACAGAUUUGAUACAGAUACUAAAUUGUGAUUGACAAAGCGUAUAUUGAAAACAUCUUAGGGUUGUACAUUUGGAUUACUUUAAUAAAAAUAUUAGUUCAGUUUUA